AUGGGGAUAACAGGUCAUAAAGCUUAUGAACGUGACAUACAAUCUUGGAGAGAAUAUUUCUACAAGUCUCACUUCGAGAGGAAGCGAGCACUCAUCAAGAUCAUAAGGGAUUUCGUGUUCUUGAUGUUUAUCAAAAUUAGAUUAUUAAAGUGGAAAGGAAGUUCUAAAACUCGUCCACAGUUUCUUAAUGAUUCUAAUUAUCCUUACUGGAAGGUUAGAAUGAAAGCCUUCAUCAAAUCUCAAGAUGAAAAGGAGUGGAGAUCUAUCUUGAUAGGUUGGUCAACACCAACUGAGGUUGAAGCAAAAACUAGGGAAACAAUUGUAAAAUCUGAGUUAAAUUGGUCAACUGGUGACAAUUUAUUGUCCAGUUACAAUAACAAGGUCUUACAUGCCUUGUUCAAUGGUGUGUGUGAAGGGUGUAUUAAACUUAUACCCUCUUGUUAUUCGGCCAAAGAAGCCUGGAAAAUUCUUCAAACUCAAUUUGAAAGAACUGCUGAUCCCAAGCUAAUAGCUAUUGAGGAGACUAAAGAUCUGAUUUCCAUGAGAGUGGAAGAACUGAUGGGUUCAUUACAGACAUUUGAACUGAAUCAACAGAUCAGACAAAAAGAAAAACCAAACAAAGUAAAAGAAAUAUCUAUUGCUUUGAAAAGUUCAGAAAAUUCAAAUGCAAAGACUAUCAAAUCUCUUUCCCACAGAAAUGAUGAACUUGAAUCAAAUGCUAGAGUUUUUGAAAUUGAGAUUUUUGCUAAAAAUGCUGAAAAUAACCAUUUGAAAAAAGAGUUCGAUCUUAUAAAGAAAAAUGUAAAGAUGCUUAAUCCAGAAUCUACUAUUUUUGAGGAGGUCCAGAGUGCAGGUAUUGCCAAAACUCCUUAUGAGAUCUGGAAAGGUGUAUUUCUUGGUUAUUACAUAAACAGUAUGGCAUAUCGUGUGUACAACAUGAGAACCCAGACUAUUAUUGAGUCUGCUAAUGUUGUUGUUGAUGAUGGCAAAGAUUUUUCAGAAUUUUUAACUGAAGACGAGAUAGAUAAAUUUAUUGAAGAAUCUCCUGAUCAAUCAAACGUCCAGAAUGAUGUAUCAGAAAUUCCAUCUGAUGCCACUAAAACUAAAACUGAAUCAUCAUCUUCCACAUUUGAACAGACAGAGACGCAAAUGCCUAAAAAAACUAUCACUGAUCCAAUUCAUAGAGAACCUUCAGCCAUGGUUAAAAAGAAUUAUCCAGAUAUUCUCAUUCUAGGAGAUUUAGAAGAAAAUGAAUCAAUGACUCGAACCAAGACCGUCGAUACUCCUCAUCCCUCUUUCGGUGCUUCUAGUUCCUCUGCUCCAUUUGGUGUUAGUCUUGAGACAUCAGAACUUCAUGUUGUCAAAUUUGGCUUCCGUUACAUGUCCAAAGAAUAA